AUGCUUCUGGCUGAGGCUUGGAUCUGGAAGUCGCAAGGCUGCUUGAACGGAGCCUUGUGCCUGCGGUGCCACCUGUGCCCCGCCGGAGAGAUCAAGAGACGCAAGAAGGACGGGAGACAAAGAUACAUGGGGUUGCUUCAAAGCUGCAAUGCACGGCAGGAGCAGCUGAAAAGGCUGACCGUGGGUACCGUGGGGCGAUGUGAAGAUGAGGAGACAGGAAGCACACAUCUCCAGAUCACACCGCUGCUAGCAGCAACAUCUUUACCUCCCGUGCCGCCGCCAACGUCGUCUCCAAUGGUGGACUUCCUGGACGAUGCAUUGCCGCCUGCUCCAACUUGGGACACCAAGGAUGCGGAACCCCUGCAACCUUUGGUGCCACCUUUGGCACAGCCUCUGGCACAGCCUUUGGCAUCAGUGGUGGAGCUCCCGGAACUCGCAGAGCCAAUUUGGAGACCUCCGCCGGGCCUUGAGCUUGAAAUGCCUUUGCCCCCAUGCCCGCCGCCAAUGAUGCCUCCAAGCUUGCCAUCAUUGGGAUCGGUGCUGCACGGCUCUGGAGAGUGUCAGCCUUGCCUGGACUUCUGGUCAACGGAGGGUUGUCCCAGGGGUCAUGACUGCAGCCAGUGCCACCUCUGCUCCGCUGAGCUCAAGGUGCAGCACCAGGCACGGAUGGCAGGCAUUGUCUUGCAGCCAAUUUCGCGGGCCUUGGAGUUCGAGGAGCCAAUCGACGAGCCAAGCGAACUGAGCGAGCCAAAUGCAAGCGCACAGCCAAAGUUUCUGGACCCCAUCCCUGGCCCCAGCUUUGAGCAACGCACGCGCUUUCCAUCUGAUCAGAGCCUGAAGCAGAGACUCGACAGAGUUCUGGACGAGCCGGAGGAUGUCCCAUGCGAGCGUGGUACGAAGCCACCUUCCACUUCCACCCUCCGACUCCCUGCUUUGCACGGCUGCGUGAUCUGCGGCUCGCGAGGAGUGGCUCUCGAACGGCUGCCAUCACAAGAUCUGGAAACGAUCCAGGCAGAUGGGCUGGCUGAUCUACCUUCGCUGGGGUCAGUCCUGCAUGCAAAAGGUUGCUGCAGCCCAUGUGCUUGGGUUUGGAAGCCGCAGGGCUGCCAUAACGGAAGCAACUGUGGUCGUUGCCACUUGUGCCCACCAGGUGAGGUAAAGCUUCGCAAGAAGGCCAAGGCCAGAGAAAGUUCGCCUGAUCCCAACUGCUGCAAUGUUUCAUGUGGUGAAAGUGCGCAGAAGCUGGUGCAGGCCAGGGAGGCUCGAAGUGCAGCCAAGGCUGGCCAGAAAUCAAGGGUUUCUCGUAUCAGAGAACAAGGAUUCAGCUAUCAACGCGGGACAACUUUCGGGACCAUUGGGCUGCUUCAGGGGCGAUGCGAGCUGAACACAAGCAGCGUCACUGGUGAACCUACAUUUCCCAGAUGA